UCUGUGUAGAAAAUGCUCUGUGGCGCUGGGGUUAAAAUAUGCUGGAAAGUUUCUGGCUCCUUGGCGGAUUUAUUCUUGUAGGGGUGGCCGGGGAACUGAAAUACGAAUUAAAUUGGUAAACGCUGCGUCAGUGUUGCCUCCAUAACAAGCCUCGAUUACCCCAGGAGAGCCACCCCCGCGUAAAAUGAGUCCGCCCUGGGUUGCAUAAAAUUCAAAGAACACCGCACUAUUAUAAAAAAGACAACAUUAAUGCAACGGUGAUAAAAUCAAAAUAACGGGUGCUGUCCUUAAAAUAGAGUCCCGAAGUCUAAAAUUGGCAUGAGCAUCAUUUGCAAAAGCCAGUUGUUUAUUGUCCGUACUAUGAUAUCGAUAACUCAAGUUCUUAAUUUAGGAUUUGUUCCCCAGAGGCUGAGCAUGUGUCGUGCUCUUUGACAACAAUUAUUACCUUUAACCUUUGGACCGCGCUCACUGAAUGAACAAGUUCAAUUCCAAAAAUAAAUGCAUGGUUGCUCACCGUAAUGCCAAUUAACAUUUUCACAGUAGGCCUACGCGGUGUGUGUGGUGCAUGAUUGAACUUUUUGUAUUCGGUAUUUAAACGUGAUAGACCGGGGUGGGCUAUACGAUAAUCUAUGCCUUUACAGCUAUGGCGUCCAACGUCUCCCAUCCAUACUAUCCCAGGGGGAUGCACCUGCCCCACUACAGGGAGAACACCUUGUCCCUCCAGUACAUCCUCACGGUGGGGCUGGGAGCCUUUGCUGUGAUCUACGCCCUGGCCUGGAUUCUGCUCAAACGCGACCGGUACGGCCGCACCUUGGCCCAGGGGGAGAAGGCCUCCCUGUGCUGGUUCGGGUUGUGCGGCUUCAUCCACAUGAUCUUAGAGGGGUAUCUCACCCUGACAAGUGCCAGCAUUGCCGGCAGCGACCACAUCCUCGCGCAGAUGUGGAAGGAAUAUGCAAAGGGAGACAGUCGAUACGUUUCAAAUGACACAUGCACCAUUGUCAUGGAAACCAUCACGGCUUGGCUGGAGGGACCCGGGUGUCUUUUAACCGUCUGGGCGUUCACCACAAGGCAUCCAAUGCGUUACGUGAUGCAGCUCGCCGUCUCGAUUGGCCAAACCUACGGGGUUCUGAUCUACUUCAUCACCGAAUACUACGACGAUUUCGCUCACGGCCCGCUAUUCCACCCCGUCUACUUCUGGCUCUACGUGAUCGGCUUCAACGCGCCCUGGGUCAUCCUCCCGCCGAUAUUCAUCCGCCAAUCCUGGCAGGAGUUAAACAAGGCACAGAGGGCGCUAGACAAAGCUAACGGCUUCAUGCCACCGUCUGACGGCCAAGGAAAGUCCAAGAAGAAGAAAUAGAUUUCUAAUGGCGUAUAUUUACAUUUAUUUGGGGAUGAGUAAAAACACAGACUUUGCAUUUAAUCAGCGGAGGUUGGGGAUACUCAUGAGCAACAUAAUUUGAAUACAUCUGUUUUCUUUUGGUCACAGUGUAAACAGUAAAUCCACUGUGAACGCAACAUAAAGCUUUCUACUUUGGUUCACAACUUUAUCAUAAACUUAUUUGUAUAAUUUUGACAGUCUGCCACGGUAAUUUUUCUUUAUUAAAAAUGCAGAUUUUAACAUAGGUUUUUAAAAGUAGUUCGUGUACAUUUUCUGGGAAUGGGUAACAGGUUUUUUUAACAUUGUGAACCGUUAUGAAAUAAAACGAGUGUAAAACUA